CACAUCAGAAUCGUUGGAACGACAAAACAGAACUGACUACUCCGCAAAAAAACUUCCCCACCUUCUCACUCCAAUACGUAUGGACUAGAUUCUCUCUUUCCCGUAGUGAAACCAAAUCCACAAGCUUGUUUCCCCUCAUUUCUCUGAUAUUAGAAGGGGGGUCACACACACCAAACAACCAAAUCACGUCGUUUCAUUUAACAACAAUCAAUCUUUUCCCUCUUUCUCUUAAUUCCCAAUAUUCUUCACAUUCACUUCUCUUCUGCCAUGUGAACAAACAUCAAACAUAGCAAGCACAAAACAAAAUCGCAGUUCCAUCCAUAGCACUGCCUCAAUUCUUCCCCCAAAAAAAUGAGCCAGUGUGUUCCCAGUUGGGAUGUCGAAGACAACCCACCACCCUCAAGAGUCUCACUUCGCUCCAACUCUAAUUCAACUGCCCCUGAUGUUCCCAUGUUGGACUACGAGGUUGCUGAGCUGACAUGGGAAAAUGGGCAACUUUCUAUGCAUGGCUUAGGGCUACCGCGUGUGCCGGUAAAACCCCCAACAGCCGUCACGAAUAAGUACACAUGGGAGAAGCCUCGCGCAAGUGGCACCUUGGAGUCCAUAGUGAACCAAGUCACGAGCUUUCCUCACCGAGGAAAGCCGACACCAUUAAACGGCGGUGGGGGCGGCGGCGUUUACGGGAACUUCAGGGUGCCGUGGUUCGACCCUCAUGCCACUGCCACCACCACGAACACCGUGACGAUGGACGCAUUGGUGCCCUGCUCGAACCGGGAGCAGAGCAAGCAGGGCAUGGAGUCGGUCCCCGGCGGCACGUGCAUGGUGGGGUGCUCCACGCGUGUGGGGUCAUGCUGCGGGGGGAAGGGGGCGAAGGGGCAUGAGGCGACUGGGAGGGAUCAGAGCGUGAGUGGGAGUGCCACGUUUGGGAGGGAUAGCAAGCACGUGACCCUAGACACGUGCGACAGGGAGUUUGGCGUGGGUUUCACUUCCACCUCCAUCAACUCGCUCGAAAACACCAGCUCCGCUAAGCACUGCACCAAGACCACCACCGUAGACGACCACGAUUCUGUUUCCCACAGUAAACCAGUGGGAGAAGACCAGGAUGAAGGGAAGAAAAAGAGAGCAAACGGAAAAUCAUCGGUGUCCACUAAAAGGAGCAGAGCUGCGGCUAUACACAACCAAUCUGAAAGGAAAAGGAGGGAUAAGAUAAACCAAAGAAUGAAGACAUUGCAAAAGUUGGUCCCAAAUUCCAGCAAGAGUGAUAAAGCUUCAAUGUUGGAUGAGGUGAUAGAAUAUUUGAAGCAGUUGCAAGCACAGUUGCAGAUGAUAAAUAGAAUCAACAUGUCAUCGAUGAUGCUGCCAUUGACCAUGCAGCAACAGCUUCAAAUGUCGAUGAUGUCUCCAAUGGGCAUGGGAUUAGGGAUGGGUAUGGGGAUGGGUAUGGGAAUGGGGAUGGAUAUGAACUCCAUGAACCGUGCUCACAUCCCUGGCAUCCCUCCAGUCCUCCACCCUUCUGCCUUCAUGCCCAUGGCAGCCUCGUGGGAUGCCGCGGCCGCAGCUGGUGGCGGCGACCGACUUCAAGGGACUCCGGCCAACGUGAUGCCUGACCCCUUGUCGACAUUUUUUGGAUGCCAAUCACAGCCCAUGACCAUCGAUGCCUACAGUAGACUUGCUGCCAUGUAUCAACAACUGCACCAACCUCCUCCUGCUUCUGGUUCCAAGAACUGAGAUAGCUAGAUGCUGGGCAGUAUUCUUAUGUUGUGAUAGUGUUGAGCUACAAACAAGAAUGUCCAUACUUACUCUUUGUGAGAAAUGCGUAUAUUAUUAGCUCCAAAGCAAGUGAUGAGAAACAAUACCAGAAUAUAUAUACUCAUUUGUUAUUGGAGUUAGUAACUUCUUAAGAUUAGGUGGCUUUCUUGGUUACUUUACCUUCAUAUCUAUGUUCAUUGAAUUUGCAACUUGCAUAACGUGUUUUGCUAUUCUAUUGAAUGACGACGGGUUUGGCCUCAUUCAAAUCU